AUGAGAUAUUUUCGGAGUUCUUUAAGUGUUUUCUUUUUAAUCAAUAUUUAUUGCGAACCAAUUUUUUGCUGGUUAUGGUUUCCUACAAAUAGUGCUUAUGGUAUUUUUGCAGCAAUUGCAGUUCCUUUGGAAUUACCGCAUCGAAAUGUUUUCGUUUCGUAUAAUUUUGAAGCAAAUUAUAAUUUACCAUACACAUGGGAUCUGCCUCCGUAUGCAACUAAUGUGGAAGAAGAAGAUUUAGAAGCGCGUAAUAUAAAAGUAGAGGAUUGCAAUAAUUGCACUCAAUCUGAAAAUGACUCAUCAACUUCAGCACCGUCUACAAUUCCAGAGACCAAUAAAAAUAAUACAGAAAAUGCAGACAAAAGAGAAAUUAGAUCGUUAAUAACACGGAAACAUUUUUAUCAUAUCUUAAAGGAUAAAUUCGAAAUGCAUGGCUAUAAUGGAGAGGCAUGUUUAUUGCGGUUGAUAUGUGAAACGAAUGCUUCUCAUCUUGGACAGAUUAAUGGAGUCCUAGGCAGUCUAAUACACAUUAUUUUUACACCUACAACAUCUAUGAGCGAGCAGUUACCUUUGUCGUAUUAUCAAGCCGAAGUAGAUGGUACAUAUGAACAAUGUGAUUAUUAUGAAGACGCUUGCAAAGAUAACCUACUCGAUUUAAUAUCUUCACCAUUGAUUCAAAUUAUGAAUAAAAUAAUCAUGCUUAGUUCAGCAUUAAAAGUUGUGAAAUUUGCUAUGGAUAGUUCAAUUGUAAGAAGAGAACAUUUAACAGCUAUAAACAGUUUUUGUUUGCGUUUAUCAUUUACAAAGAUACAACAUACCUAA